GAUUUGCACAACCAGAAUUCCAUGGUGUGAAGAAGAUCAUAAAGAUUUCAUAGAUAGGUUUAUAUCAUAUAUUACCUUGGCUAAAGUAAAUAAUAAUGUAAAUAUUCUCACUAUAUUAGAUCGAUCCUUAAAAGGAAAAGCGAGAGAAUGGUAUUAUAGAGAAUUUGACAAUAAAAAUUGGGAGUUAGAAAAUGUACUUGAUAACUCUGGUAUAGGUGCAACAAUAGCACAUAUUCGUGGUGCUAAUGCAGGAGGUAUAAUGGGUGCAGUCGCUUCUUUCCCAAAUGUUUCACUUGGACUUACAGAUGCACAAAUUAUUUUUGCUCGAAAUAUGUUAGAAAUUGAAGCAUUAAGACAAGGCGUAUAUGAGAGUGUAUCUUUAUUCUGGGCAAAAAUUCAGAAAUAUGGUGAUCAACCCGGUUAUACUCCAGCACAGAAGAAAACUCAUUUUUUAUCUGGAGUUAGACCUGAUAUUAGAGAUGAAAUUUAUAGAAUUGGUCAAACAAAACCCAUUAACGAUAUUAUUGAUAGUUUGGCAGAACUUGAAUUACGUCAUGGAAUAUUACAACAGGCACUACUUCAACUUCGCCAUGCACCUAUUGCUUUUGCUAUUCCAGAUGUUAUACCUCAACAACCAGCAUUCUCCAUGGCUGAUAUGCAAAAAAUGAUUCAAGAUGCAUUUGCAAAACAGCGAGCUGAAUCUAAAGCUGAGAUAGAAAAAUUAAAGGCUGAACUUCAAGCACAACAACCACAAGUUGCAACAGUAGGAAAUUUUCAACCUCUACCCAAGUUUUACCCUAUAAAAUCAGAAAAAACUCGGCAAACAUUUUACAUAGUAGAUCAAGAAGAAGGAGGACAUAAGGAUGUACCAAUAUCUAUAAAAUAUAAAAAUAAAUGGGUUACUGAAACAGGACAUGUUGUUGUUAUUGAUGAUGGAAAACUCGAUUACCUUCUUUGUUUAGAAAUGCCAUGGAUUCGAAAAGUUCAAGAAAUUCUAGAUACAAACAAACAUGAAUUUCGAAUGAUAGUUGUUGAAAAACUUAUAUUAUUCUAA